AUGAUAACAAAUUGUUGCAGAAUAAAUCUCUUGGAUUUGAAAUAUUUAAAGAUAUCUUAUUUACAGCUCCGUGGAAUUAAAAACUUAUCAAUAUUACGAAGUUUGGAGACAAUUGAUUUUUCAAAUAAUCAUAUUUCAAACUUUGAUAGCUUUUCUGAAGUAACUAGUUUAGUCAACUUAGAUUUAUCAUAUAAUCGUAUUCAAAGCGUAGAAAAUGCUGAGGAAUCAUAUAAUUUGAGAACCUUAAAUUUAACAGCUAAUAGUGUCUAUAGUAUGGAAGGAUUGGACAGAAUGUUUAGCUUAGAACAUUUGAAUUUAACGAUCAACCAGUUGAAACAAAUUACAAGUGUGAACCAACUUUUUUGUUUAAAGCAAUUAUAUUUAUCAUUUAAUUCAAUCUCAAAAAUCGAGAAUUUGAAUGGGUUGGAUAAUUUAGAGGAUCUAAAUUUAUCGUUUAAUAAUAUAUAUCAAAUUGAAAAUUUAAGUGAGUUGAAGAAUUUAAAAAAACUUUCCUUAUCAUGUAACAAGAUUUCUAAAAUUGAAAAUUUACAUCAAUUGACUGUAUUAGAGGAAUUAGAUUUAUCAUCUAAUAAGAUUACAGAAAUAGGAGAUUUGGUUGAGUGUUGCAAGUUGAAAAUUAUAAACUUGAAAUAUAACAAGAUUAUAAAUAUUGAAAGAUUUUCUCGAAUAAGUAACUUAUUAGCUUUAAAUUUAUCUAAAAAUGAGAUUUGUGAAGUUGAAAUUAAUACUGGAUUCAAUAAAUUGAUAAAUUUGAGUUUAUCAGAAAAUCAAAUUAAAGAUUUU